UCGCCGUGAUGUUUCAAGUUGAAACUGCCCAGGAACUUUUGGUUUCCCUUAAACGCGAAACUCAACCCUUAGGGCCUACUUGCAUUGACGACCUAGAUGACCAUAUACGCAGAGCACUGCCGGAACUAACAACAGACGCCUCAACUUUGAACCGGGGAGACGUGUUCGAGAUUCAUGGGUCUCAUGGCUCAGGGAAAACACACCUCCUGUACUUUAUCGUGAUGACAUGCGUGUUGCCUUACUCAGCAAUUUUGAGGCAUAAUGGGCUGACGGAAUCUUUCGAACUUGGUGGAAAAGAGAAAGCCGUGAUUGCGGUUGACUGCGACAGGCAGUGGUCCACCGACCGAAUCAACGAACUUGUCAGUCAUUACGUCAGGAAGAGGAUCGAGUGGACUCUGGCUCAGGAGUCGAUUGAGAUCUCGAGAGAACUUUCAAGCAUAAUUGGGUCCUUGGCAAAAGAUAUUUCCGAUCAGAGUCUCAGACGAUUGCAUAUAUUUCGACCAAGUUCUCCGCUUCAGCUGGCCGCGACCUUGGCAUCCAUACCAAAUUUCCACGCCACGUCUACUCCUGACCAGGAGAUAUGUAUGCUCAUGAUAGACUCAUUGACUGCGUUCCGGUGGCCCGAUUUGGGGACGAGCGAGCACAAUGUGCGAUCCCAGAAUGGAUCCUCGCUGCAUGCCGAAGUCCCAAUAAAGCAGGUCACGGAUUGCAUCCAAGCCCUCCGAGAGUCACUUGGGGUCGUCACCUUUGUCACCAGGUUGACAGUUCCAGCGCUUCCUCCAACACAAGAUCGUGGACAGAGCCUGCCAUCACACUAUACUUCCGCGCUUGAUCAUCCGCAUGGUCAAGCUCACGACAAGUUAUCGUCCUCCACAACUCAUCAAAUUACCCUUUUCCCCCGUACCAACUCUCCGGGUAUCGGAGGACCCGGUACAGAACCAUCUGUGAAUGUGGAGGCCUGCGUUCGGACAUCGGUUGACAGCGGGGAUGGUCGAAUGCCGCGGGCUCGGCACCGAGUCGAAGUAGGCAAGUUCGAAUUUCGAAUCAGUGAAGGCGGACUGCAUUGGCCAUGAUUUAGAUUUGCAAAAGCGGCUGGAUGCGGCCAGGGUGGUAAACGGAGUUAGUUUUGAUUGGGCCUGAUCCCCGCUGUCAUUUUCAAGAUGGUGGCUAGUGAAGUGGGAUUAGGGGAGAUACGUUGUAGCUUGCUGUCAUGAUCCAUUCGACAACUUGAAUGUUGAUUCACGAAAUC